UCUCCUUCCGCUCUCUCUCUGCUUGAAACUCCAGGAAACCCACAUUCUCUCUUUCUCUCGUUUUCCGAUGCAACUCCGUUGAAGAGAAUGACGAAGAAAGGGAAGGAAAUCUCUGGAAAAGCUUCUUCAGGCAAGAGGAAAGCUGUUUGCAAAGGAGACAAUGCCGCUCGUUGCUGGAAGAAGAGAAGGCCUCAUGUUCUGAAAUUCUUCGACGACGAAGCCGUCGUUGCUGGAAUCGAUGGAGAUGAGGAAGACGAUGGUGUCGGAGGUGAAGACGACCGUGAUUUUAUCAAUGAUGGUGGGUUAGAGAUUAAAGAUAAGGAAAAAUCUGGCAAGGUGCAUUCUCCGCCAACUUUGGUGAAAGAAGAGGAUCUCAGUGAUGGCGAAUUGGAAAACAUACUCAAACAUAGAUAUAGCCAUGAUUUGGCGCAUGUUACAUAUGCUGAUGAAGGUCAAGAAACUAAAGAAGGUCAUGAUAGUGCAUCUUUUAUGUGUUCUAUGAAGGAGCCAACUGUCUGGAAGGUCAAAUGCGCGGUUGGACAUGAGAUGCAGGUAGCAUUCUGCCUCAUCCAGAAGUAUGUUGAUAUGCGAUCUAUUGGAACUAAAUUACAGAUAAUAUCUGCAUUUUCUGUUGAGCAUGUGAAAGGUUAUAUUUAUAUUGAAGCUGAUAGGGAACGUGAUGUUGUUGAGGUAUGUAAAGGGCUUUGUAGUAUAUAUUCUAGUAGAGUGGUGCUAGUUCCCAAAAAUGAAGUUCUCUAUCUGCUUUCUCUUCAAAUCAAAUCCAGUGAAGUUUCUAAGGGCACAUGGGUCUGCGUGAAGUAUGGGAAAUACAAAGGGGACCUUGCACAGGUUGUGGCUGUUGAUGAUGCACGGAAGAGGGCCACCGUAAAGCUGAUUCCAAGGAUCGAUCUCCAAGCCAUGGCCCAAAAAUAUAGUGGAGGAGCAGCUGUCAAGCAAGCUUCUGUUCCAGCACCUCGUUUGAUCAGCUCUCAUGAUCUUGAGGUCUUUAGGCCUCAUAUUCAAUGCAGACGUGAUCCUGAAAAUGGGGAAACAUUUGAGAUACUUGAUGGUUUGAUGCUUAAGGAUGGCUAUUUAUACAAAAAGGUGUCCAUUGGAUCAUUAUGUUGCUGGGACAUACAACCAUCCCCUAAUGAAAUCCAGAACUUUAAGAUUGCUAGGAAGGAUGCAUCUGAGGAUUUAGCCUGGCUUUCAGUACUUUAUGGUGAUUCGAUGGAGGGUGUUGACAUGACGGGUGAAGCAUCAGAAAGUAAUUUGGAGUCCAAAAGCGGGAAUAGUUUUGAACUACAUGAUCUUGUGUUGCUUGGUCAGAAGGAUUUUGGUGUUAUCAUCGGAGUGGAGAAUGACAGCUUCCAGAUUAUAAAAGGUAACUCAGAAAGAGCAGAUAUAGCGACUGUUCGGCUACAGGAUAUAAAGAAUUUAUGCUUUGAUAAAAAGUUCAAGGUUUCAGACUUGCACAAGAAUAUCAUUUCCAUUGAUGAUAGUGUCAGGGUCUUGGAAGGCCCAUAUAAGGGUCGGCAAGGGAUUGUUAGGCAUAUCUACAAAGGCAUGGUCUUUAUCUAUGACGGCAAUGAAUCGGAGAAUUGUGGUUUCUUCUGUUCUAAGUCUGAGUAUUGUGAGAAAUAUUCUAAGGAUGGUGAUGUUGAAUCCAAAGAUGAUGGACUAGGUCCCCCAGGUUUUGGAGAUUCCGUGGCAUUACCAACAGUUCCACAGUCCCCUAGAAGACUAUUCAAUGGCAGAACUUGUACAUUCAACAGUAAUUUUCAAGGGGACACAGAUCGAGCCUUCUCUGUCGGGCAAACCUUGAGAAUCCGAGUAGGUCCUCUAAAGGGGUACCUCUGUCGUGUUGUGGCCAUAUAUCGCUCUGAUGUUACAGUCAAGCUCGAUUCUCAAUUGAAGGUUAUUAGAGUUAAUUGUGAGCAUCUUUGUGAGGCUGGUGUGAAGGGUUAUGCAAAUGCCAUCAGGGACUCUCUGCACGACUUAUCUGCAUCUGGCUUGCCGGUGAAAUCCCCUACAGCAGACCCUUUUGGAACUGUUGACAGCUUCGCUGAUCAUGAAGCAGGCAAAGAUGAAGCAUUUGACCCCUGGGGGAGCAAAACUACGAAAUCUGAAGAUCAGACUGCAUUGCAGAACAAAGCAACGGCCAGAGACAAAGUUUUUGGUGCAAUGGCCACUGACAACUGGAGAAAUAUAAAGCUUCCAACGGUAGAUGAGGCAGGCGGUUGGAAAAAUACAGGUGACUGGGGUAAAGAAAAACCUGAAAGUGGAAAUCAGGAAAAUCAUUCAAACAACAGGACAGGCUGGUUGGAUAAAAGCAGAGUAGUGAAUAAUGAUCAGGUCGGUGGUUGGAAAAAAUCAGAAAGUAGUAGCUGGGACAAAGAGAAACAUGUGAGCGGGUAUCAAAAGGACAAUUGGAAGAGUGAAAAUGGUAACUUCUGGGGAAAAGAAGCAAACAACCAUGACAAAGGCAAAGGGGUCAGCGACAAACAGAACUACUGGAACCAUGCUCAAGUUGCUGACCAAGAUCAACCAAGAUCUUGGGACAAAGGGAAAGGUGUAAUGUGUGAAGAAGAAGAUUCUUGGGGCAAAGCAUUUGAGUGGAAAUGUAAUGAAAAUAUUGGUAGCGGACAUCCGCAUGAUCCCUUGGGCAAAGCUACUGGUAGUUGGAAAGGAGCAGAAGGUUUGGGUGGAAGUCGGGGGGAUUCUUGGAAAAACACAACAGCUGCAACAAGGAAUGAGAUAGGGGGGUGGGCCCCACCAGACAUUGGACAUGGAGAAGAAGCAGGCAGCUGGAACAAAGCCAAGGGUGAGGGUGGCAGUCAGUUUCAAAAUUGGGGCAAGCCAAAUGAUAUAAAUGAAGGUGAGCCAAGUGGCUGGAACAAAACAGGAUUUUCUAGCCAAGUUCAGAUGGGUUGUUGGAACAAAGGAAAGGAUGCAAACAAAGAUAUGGGUGGAAUGCGAAAUCAAACUGAUGGUUGGAGUAGCCCAAAAGAUUUUGAUGGGGGGUGGGAUUCUGGUUGUAACAAAGGAAGGAUUGGGAAUUUUGAAAGUGGGAAUAGAUAUCAAGAAGACAGUUGGAAUAAACCAAAAUCCUUCGAUGGGGGUCGGGGAUCUGGUGGGAGAAGAGGAAGGGGAGGAUAUAAAGGAGGAUCAGGUGGCAGAGAUCAUCAUGGUCGGGGAUCUGGUCAGGAACAGGGUCAGCCAUUUGGUUGGAACAAGGAUCAAGAUGACCAUUGGAAUGGAGAUGGAGCUCUUCCUGGGAAUGCAUCGUCCCGUUGGAAUGGAGAUCAGGUAGAAGGUUGUGAUGGCGGCAAAGGCUUCUCUGGAAAUCAGACUAGUUGGAAAAAUGGAGGCAGUUGGAAUACACCCAAAACUUUUGGUGGAAAUCAAUCUACUGGCUGGCAUCAAGCCUCGACCGCAAAUGAAAAGUCUGGUGGUAGUGGAGAACAAGCAGGAGGUUGGAACAAAAGAAAAGCUACUGGCGGUGAUCAGAUGCCUUGUUGGAAGAGUGGAGCGAAAGGUGGCAGUAGAGAUGGAGAACAAACAGAUCAUUGGAACAGUGGGAAUUCUUUUGGAGGGCAUAAGUCAUCCAGCUGGAGUAUAGGGACAAAUUCCGAAGGUGGGGCUGGAAAUCGGCCAAAUUCAUUUGGUGGGGAUCACUCAUCUGGUUGGAAUAAAGGAAUGCAUGCAGAUAAAGGUGGUGGAAGUAGCGAUCAAAACGCUAAUUGGAACAGACCAAAAUCUUUUGGCCGGGGACAAUCAUCUGGUUGGAACAAAGAAGCAGGCAAUGACAAGUUAAAAUCUACAUCUUUUCUCAGCAGGCAAUCAUCUGGUUGUAACAAAGGAGUGGAUGCUACUAAGGAAACAGAUGGAAGUGGGAAUCCAGCAGACUCUUGGAACAAACCAGGAUCUUUUGGCCCAGGACACUCCAGUUGGAACAAAGGAUCAGGAGCUGAUAAAGAUGCAGAUGGAAGUGGCAAUCCAGCAGACUCUUGGAACAGACCAAGAUCAUACGGCCGGGGACACCCAUCUGGUGGUUUUGCUAGAGCCAGCGGGCUGAGUUGGAACAACACGUUCGUGGCAACCAAAGGCACGAGUGGAAGUGGAUCUCAAGUAGACGGAUGGAACCGUGGAGGGAAAUCUGGUGAUGGGGAUCAAGCAUCUGGUUGGAAUAGGACUAGUACUGGUGGACAUCAAGUGGAUGGAUGGGAUAGAGCAGCAGGUGGGUCUUUGGGGCAAGGAAACAGCGGGGGCCGCGGAAAGGGAGGGUGGUAAUGGUCCAAAGGCAUGGGUAGUGUGGUGUGUUCAUGAACAAUGUGUGCUUGGCUUCCUAUGGUAUGUAGGUUUGUAAAUAUUGGGUUAAUCCUUUCUGUGAUGGUAGAUAUUUUUCCUCAAUGCAGGAAAAAGAAAAAAACAGUAGAAUCAUGUUAAGGAGGUUCAUGUCUAUAAUAGCAGAAUCUUCACUUGGGUCUUCUUUUGUA